UCUUUAUAGUAAUUUCGUAUAUCAACUGUUCAUAGGCCAUUCUUCCAACCAGUAAAAUAGCCCAAACCCUAGAGAGGAGAGACGGCUCUGCUCUGCUGCUUCACCAUCCACAGGUCCCCCCUCUUAUCUCUCUCCAUACCGAACGCACGUAUAUUUCAAAACGAAAAUUAUCAACCCUUUUGUUUAGGGUUUCGAGUUGUUGAUUGGCAGCAAUGGCACCAGCCAAAGACAGUUUCAAAAAGGCUGACCCAAAGGCACAGGCUGUGAAGGCUGCAAGAGCAGUAAAGUCAGGUCCAACCUUCAAGAAGACCAAGAAGAUCAGAACUAAAGUUACAUUUCAUCGACCUAGGACAUUGAAGAAGGAGAGGAAUCCCAAGUAUCCUCGCAUUAGUGCUACACCAAGGAACAAGCUUGAUCAUUAUCAGAUUUUGAAAUAUCCUCUCACAACUGAGUCUGCAAUGAAAAAGAUUGAAGACAACAACACCCUGGUAUUUAUAGUUGAUUUGCGUGCUGACAAGAAAAAAAUCAAGGAUGCUGUCAAGAAAAUGUAUGACAUUCAGACUAAGAAAGUGAAUACCCUGAUCAGGCCUGAUGGUACCAAGAAGGCAUAUGUUAGGUUGACACCAGACUAUGAUGCCUUGGAUGUGGCAAACAAGAUUGGAAUCAUUUAAGUGCUUGCCCUCUGCUUCCUAAGCUAUUUUUUUGCUUUUGUAUUCCAGAGUAAGGCAGUUUUGUUGUGACAUUACGGAGGGAGAUCUGCAAAAUUAGUUUAAAGUUGUGAACCUGUGCAACUCAUGGUUUUGACUGGCAUUGGGAUCCAGCGACCUUGUAGGCUUGAAGUUUGAUUCAUCGAUUUUGAACUAUGCAUUCAACGAGUUGCCAUACUUUCAGAUAUUAGAUCAUUUCAAUGUCUAGUUUAUAUAA